GUGGCCAUGGCGCUGUUCCCGGCUUUUGCGGAGGUCACUGAGGUCCCCGAUGGCGGCAGCUCCAGGAAAGAGUUGGAUUGGCUGAGCAACCCCAGCUUUUGUGUCGGAUCCAUAGCGUCCCUGAGUCAGCAGGCUGAAGCGGCUGCUGCCUUUGUUUCUGAAGAGUCACCACUGAUAAGGAGUCCUUUGAAGCCAGAGUCUUCAGAUGAAAGUGACCCUAGCAAAAAGGUCAAACAAACAAGCAGAAAAAAGAAAAAAGAGAAAAAGAAAAAAAGGAAGCAUCACAAGAAGACAAAGAGAAAACAUGGACUAUCGAGUAGCAGUGGGUCUGAACCAGACACGGAUUCUGAGAAGGACAGACCUCUCAGAAGUGGCAGAGGCAGUAAGAAGGAGUCUGAGAAACCGAGCUUUGGAGACAGUGCUGCUGCUGAUGCUGGACAUCGCCUUGUUUGGCUGGAAGAUGCUCAGGCUCUGAUGGGAGAAGCCUUCAGAAUAGAUAAGAAACCUGAUCCUGCGAAUUGGGAGUAUAAGUCUCUCUACCGAGGGGACAUAGCGAGAUACAAGCGGAAGGGAGACUCGUGCCUCGGCAUAAACCCCAAGAAGCAAUGCAUAUCCUGGGAAGGGGCUUCCAUGGAGAAGAGGCGUUCCCAAAAGCAGGUGGAACGCUACUUCGCGAGAAAGAGCGUGGGGCUCCUGAACACCAAUGGAGUGGCUGUCGUCUGUAAGCCCGAGCCUCCCUUGGCGGGACCAGCCUCCUUCAUACCAGUGAAGGACUCAGAGGAGGGGCCUUCUCCUGUCACGGCCUGGCUGAAUCCUCUGGGUAUCUAUGACCAGUCAACCACGCAGUGGUUACAAGGACAGGGUCCUCCGGAGCAGGAAGCAAAGCAGCCCCACUCACAGACCGAUGGUGAGCAUGCAGCUCUCAAGGCCAAGGUGGAGGAGUUUAACAGGCGGAUCCGGGAGAACCCUCGGGAUACGCAGCUGUGGAUGGCGUUUGUUGCUUUCCAGGAUGAGGUCAUAAAGAGCCCUGGCCUGUAUGCCAUCGAGGAAGGAGAGCAGGAGAAGCGAAGGUGGUCCUUGAAGCUGAUCCUGGAGAAGAAGCUGGCCAUCCUGGAGCGGGCCAUCGAGAGCAACCAGGGCUGUGUGGAGCUGAAGCUGGCCCGCCUGCAGCUCUGUGCGGAGUUCUGGGAGCCGCCUGCCCUGCUCAAGGAGUGGCAGAAGCUUGUCUUCCUGCAUCCUAACAACACAGCCCUCUGGCAGAAAUACCUUCUGUUUUGCCAGAGCCAGUUUAGUACCUUUUCGGUAUCGAAAAUCCACAGUCUUUACGGAAAGUGUCUGAGCACCUUGUCUGCUGUCAAUGACGGCAGCAUCCUGUCCCACCCUGUGUUGCCGGGCACGGAGGAGGCUGUAUUUGCCCUCUUCCUACAGCAGUGCCACUUCCUGCGGCAGGCUGGCCACUCUGAGAAGGCCGUCUCUUUGUUCCAGGCCAUGGUCGACUUUACUUUCUUCAAACCCGACAGCGUGAGAGGUCUGCCUACCAAAGCCCAGGUGGAGUUCUUCGAGCCUUUUUGGGACAGUGGAGAGCCCCGGGCUGGGGAGAAGGGAGCCCGGGGCUGGAGAGCAUGGAUGCACCAGCAGGAACGAGGCGGCUGGGUGGUAGUGACCCCAGAUGAGGAUGAUGACGAGCCAGAAGAGGAUGACCAGGAGCUAAGAGACAAGACUCUGCCCCGGUGGCAGAUCUGGCUGGCUGCUGAGUGUGCCCGAGACCAGAGGCACUGGCGGCCCUGGCGCCCGGACAAGACCAAGAAGCAAACUGAGGAUGACUGUGAGGACCCUGAGAGACAGGUGUUGUUUGAUGACAUUGGACAGUCUCUGAUCAGACUUUCCAGCCAGGAUCUUCAGUUCCAGCUGGUCGAGGCCUUCCUGCAGUUCCUGGGCGUGCCUGCUGGCUUUGUCCCUCCGGAUUCAUGCCUUUAUCUGGCCAUGGAUGAGAGCAGCAUCUUUGAUCCCGGACUUUCUGAUGAAAAACCCCUGACCCUCUCUAGCCCCUCGUUUUCUGGGGUGAGCUUUGUUGGCCGCAUGGACCGGUUGGGCUGUCCUCUCUGGACUAGGGGCCACAACCGUGAGGGUGAGGAGUUUGUCCGCAAUGUCUUCCACCUCGUCACACCUCUGUUUUCCGGCAGGGAACGAUCUCGGCUCUGCGUGACCUGGCUACGGUACGAGAUUGCAAAGGUCGUCUGGUGUCUGCACACUAAAAACAAGAAGAGAUUAAAAUCACAAGGGAAGAACUGCAAAAAGCUAGCCAAGAAUCUCCUCAAGGAGCCAGGAAACCGCAGUGCCUUCCACCUCUGGCAGGAGUACGCCCACCUGGAGUGGCUGCUGGGCAACACAGAGGACGCUCGAAAGGUUUUCGACACGGCACUCAGCAUGGCCGGCAGCAAAGAGCCAAGGGACCCGGAGCUCUGGGAGCUGGGUCUACUCUACGCCGAACUUGAGGUGGAGCUGUUACCGGCUGGGAGAGGGCCCACCAUGGCCCGGGCUGUGCAUGUGCUAACCUGGCUGGCCGAGAGUGGUCCCUGCGGGCCCUACAGCGGGCAGGUCUCAGCUGUUCACAUACUGAAAGCUCGCAAGGCUUACGAGCAUGCCCUGCGGGACUUCCUGGGGGAGCAUGGUGGCUCUGACCCGGCGCCCACUGACUCCUCUCACCACCUAGUCACCUUGAUCAAGUGCUUCAUGCUCUUCCAGUAUUUGACCAUAGGCAUUGACGCUGUGGUAAGGGUCUACGAGCAGGUGUUUGUGAAAUUGAGCAGCUCUGCUUUGGCAGAAGGCUCUGGCCAGGAGAAUGGUGCCAGCUCCCAAAGUCUGGCCGGCGUCCUCGAAGCUGUCGUCCUGAUGCACACGAGUCUGCUGAGAUUCCACAUGAAGAUCAGCACCUACCCUCUGAGCCCCCUACGGGAGGCACUCUCAGAGGCGCUGAAGCUGUAUCCAGGCAAUCAGGCCCUCUGGAGGGCCUUUGUGCAGGUUCAGAGUAAGUCCCACAGUGCCAGCAGGAUUAGAAGGUUUUUUGACACCAUCACCAGGUCUGCCAAACCCUUGGAGCCUUGGCUGUUUGCAGUUGAAGCUGAGAAAAUGAGGAAAAGACUGAUAGAAAGUGUUCAGAGGGUGGAUGGCCAAGAGGUCCACACCACGAUCCCGGAAACCGGCCUGACACACCGGAUCAGGGCCCUAUUUGAGCAUGCAGUGCAGACUGAGCACGGCAGCCAGUGCCCCCUGCUGUGGAGGAUGUACUUGAACUUUCUGGUAUCCUUGGGAAAUAAAGAAAGAAGCAAAGGUGUGUUCUACAAAGCACUGCAGAGCUGUCCCUGGGCCAAGGUGCUGUACAUGGAUGCUGUGGAGUACUUCCCGGAUGAGCUGCAGGAGGUCCUGGACCUGCUGACCGAGAAAGAGCUACGUGUGCGCCUGCCACCCGAGGAGCUGGAGCUGCUGCUGGAGGACUAGCAGGGCUGAGGGUGCAAGGCCAGGGACUGCCGGCUGCCUUCCCAGAGACACCACAGCGUGCACACACUGGGGUGUGUACGUGAUGCAGAAGCUGUCCUACAUACCAGACAUGUGAACACAUGGACACAGAUGAAAGCCGUGCAGGUGAUCGUCACAGCCAUGUGGUUGAGGCGCGGGUGCGAUCUUGUUCCUUCUGCUCCCCAAGCCCUGCCAGCCCCAGCCCCACAGUGACCACAUCUCCUCAGGGGCGUGCUCAGUGGUCCUGCCAUGCCCUGCCCUCUCCUACCUCAGACCUUAGGUCCCUCAGGCCUGGGGCCUCUUCCCAGGCUCGUCUGUCGGAAAGAUCCUGCUGGUGUGUAAACCAGCAUCGUGGAGGGUGACUUGACUUUUGUGUUCUGGCCUGUGUUGUGGGUGUGGCUCCUCACCCCAGAGUCCUGGUGGGGUGACGCCUGCAUCUGUGGGCCAGCAGCGUGCCUGGGAGUGUGGGGCUCGGCUGACCUCACGGGGUUGGAAUCUGCUCUCAAGUGGUUCCAGGCAUCUUUCAUGGGGAGGGUCUGGGCAGUGAAUGGCCUCUGCAGGCCUGCUGACACCACUGGCCGCUGUGGAAGAUACCCAUGGUACUCUUUUGUCUCUUGUGCACCGGCACUGAGAUACAAAGACUGGGACUGGCCACUUCUGGUUUGGUUUCUGAGGGCUGUGAUGGAAUAAAACAGAAGUAUCCACAUUCAGACCACA